GACAGAGAGACAGAGAGACAGACAGAGAGACAGAGAGACAGACAGAGAGAGAGAGAGAGACAGAGAGAGAGAGAGAGAGAGAGCGUGACAAACAAGAGGAAGUUGAUGAAACAGUCUCACUGGUUUCUUCACAUCCUUCCUCCUCUCAUCCUGUUUGUGUUUUCAGUUGGUUCUGUGGAAAACAGUUUCAUCUCGAUCACUCAGCCGUCACCGUGACAACUUGCUGAGCUGUUGCUGGACAUAUUUUGUCGAACACCCGUCUUUGAAGAAGUGUGUUAAUCAUUUCAUUCUGUCGUCCCACAAUGCAACAGAGUAGCGCACGCGGAGGCCAAAAUUAAAAGUAAAUUUAUAUAAAAUGACAAAUGAAUAAAUGACUCAUUACAUUAAUAAUUUGUCAUUGAAUGCACGAAAGUAACAUUAAAAAUAAAACUGGCAUUGCUUAAAAAAUGUGAUAUAAAUUCAUACUUCUGUAUUAAUUUGAUAAAUGAGUUGUUUUAAUUCCUCUUCCAUCUUAUUUUAGUAUUAAUCUUAAACACACUUGUUCUGUUUCUAUAAAUGUUCUGCUUCUUCAUGCAAAUCAACAUUUAAACAUGAACGUCGACAAACACGAUAAUUCAAGUUAAAGACCAAGAAAUGAAAACACCUCCUCCUCCAACAAACUGAUGUGGACCCAUCAGACCACAGCACUCUGAUCCGGGUCAGGGCAGUCUGUUGGAUUCGGCCUCGCUGCUUAUGUGCAGAGAUUCUCCAUCACAUGACUUCCUCCUACACUCUCACCUGUGUGGGCGUUAAAACCACUUCCUGCUGAGAGUCACCUGAAACCAUCUCACUGUUGUCAUGGUGACGUCAGGAGUCUGUCUGGCUGUUUCUGGUUUGUGUGUGUGUGUGUGUGUGUGUGUGUGUGUGUGUGUGUGUGUGUGUGUGUGUGUGUGUGUGUGUGUGUGUGUGUGUGUGUGUGUGUUUCAGGACUCUUCUCCGGUGCUGAUGCAGCAGGUUCCAGCUCUGUUUCCAUGAGAACAAAGGUUCGUGGCCCGGGCGGCCCCCCUCCCUCCUGAACAAAAGCGGCCAUGUUUCCAGAACCCGGCCGGUCCAUAAAGCUGCGCGCUGAGCGGCUCUGAGCGGUUUGACACUGGGAGCUGCUGAGCGUCAUGCCUCUGCCCCGACGCCGCUCAUCUUUCCUGGGACAGCCGUCCACCGAGCGCCCGGCCCCCGCAGCGUGCGGGCGGAUAGGUUCGGCCGGCACCGCCGCACCCCGAGGCGUCUUUGUGGGCUCCGCGCCACCCAUGGGCGGAGCGUCCUGCCUGGGGACGCGGGUGUCCCGGCGGGCUCUGGGUAUCAGCAGCGUGUUCCUGCAGGGGAUGAGGAGCAGCGCGGCGCCGGUGCUGCCCCGGACCGGCGAGCGGGCGGCGGGUCACGGAGCGGCGGCGGCCGGACUGAACAGCUGCCUGAUGGAGUACCGAGACAAAGUGAGAGCGCUGGAACAGCUGAACCAACAGCUGGAGGAGCAGAUCCGCCUGAGUCUGGACCGCAAGGCAUCCAGCGCCGGGGCCUGGGGACCACUCCGCAGGGACUGGGAGGACGUCUACAGACAGGUCAGUGAAGCUAUCCUCGACAACGCUCGGCUCAUGCUGCAGACAGAGAACGUCCAGGCCAACGCAGAGGACUUCAAGGACAGGUAUGAGAACGAGCAGCCAUUCAGGAAGGCGGUGGAGGAGGAGAUCGGCUCACUGUACAAAGUGAUCGACGACGCCAACCUGACGAAGGCAGAGCUUGAAGAGCAGAUGGACAACAUGAGGGCUGAGCUGCGAAACCUGGAGCACAACCACGAGCAGGAUGUGCGAGUCCUCUACAAUCAGAUGGCAGGACGGGAGGUGGAUGAACCCGACGCUCCCAUAGAAACCAGUCUGGACCAGAUCCUGGCCUACAUCAGGAGCCACUGGGAGAAAGUGACAGAGAGGAACCGAGCCGAGACCGACAGCUACAUGGAGUGUAAGGAGGCGCAGUGUGUGAGCAGCAGGCUGAGUCCUGAGGAGCAGCAGGUGGAGGCGCUGAAGGCCGAGUGUAACGACACAGGCUGUAAGAUCCAGAGUCUGCAGGCUGAGACCGAGUCCAUCAGAGCGCUGAAACGAGGUCUGGAGAACUCCCUCGGGGACGCCCAGCACUGGCACGACAUGGAGCUGCAGAACCUGGGCUCAGUGGUGUCCAAGCUGGAGGCGGAGCUGGCCGAUGUACGUGGCGAGAUCGAACAGCAGCGCCGCGACUACGACACGCUGAUGAGCAACAAGCAGCGUCUCGAGCAGGAGAUCAGCGUGUACCACGGCAUCCUGGAUGGAGAGGAGAGCCGCUUCCAGCCCACAGAGACGCUGUGAGUCACCAACUAUAAAUCCAGACAGAACCGAUCCUUCACAAACAUAAUGUGAAGAAAGUGUUGCCAUGUAUCUCCUGAAGUCUGCAUGCGCACCUGUUGGUCCCAGAUGAUCCUGGUCCAAAGCUCUGGUGGCAGCACCAAUGUUCCACCGCUGCUUUCAACUCCCAGCCCGUACUGCUAGCUGAACGGCUAAUCAAGCUUAGCUUCUGACAGCAGCAGUUAGCUAAAAUUCUUGGAAAAAAGGAUUCAUAAAUCUGACAGACGGUCCGUCUCUUCUUCUUCUCCUCUGCUGAUAAACAGCCCAUCAGUAACACGUAUUGCGCCUUUAAGACCAGAAAUAAACCAGGAUCAAUAAACACAUGAUCAUGAUGUCACAGCAACAUGCUGAGUCCACAUGAGAACACCACGAGGUUCUGAUCCUGAGACGCUGAAAUAUCAACGUGUUCAUAUGUGAGAUAUGAUAAUGAUUGAAUCAGGAUCAACUGAGAUCAAACAUAUUAAAUGAUAAGACUGUCAGCUGAUCGAUCAGCUGCAUCCAAAGUGCCAUCAAACAUCCUGAACUGUGAACUUUAACAUUUUUAAUCACUGUGAAAUUAAUUCAUUGUCAAACCAGGUGUUCAGGUUUGCAUUCAGAGCCUGAGGGAGCUGCUCCAGACUCAAGGACCCACACUCCAGGACCUCCAGGACCUCCAGGACAGUGACUGUGACUCCUGAAGUCCAGCAGAAACGUUCUGGAUGUUUGUGUUUGUUCUCAUGAGUUUUCUAUCUGCUGACAUGAUAUGAAGUCUUGAACUGGUCCUCAGGUCCAGACUGGUUCUGGUUCUGGAUUAGUGUGAGAUUACAUGUCAAGAUUCAGAAUUACUCCUCAGUUGAACCUGUGCCCAGGUCCAGAAUGUGGAGGGUUGUGGGUUCUGAUUGAAGUCUACAGAACCACAACACAUGGUUCUGUUCAUGUGGACACAAUGAUUUGUGUGAAAUGAUCGGAGGGCUCUGAUUGGCUCGUCGUCUCCUUCACACAGGUACAUGAAUCCAGGUGAGGGCCACUCACACCUGCAGCGUCACCACAUCAUCAUCACUCUCGUUCCUUUCUAGUCUCUCUUUUCACAGUGGGUGGAGGCGCUGCACCUUGACACUGUCACACCUGAGACACACAGACAGCCAGCGGGUCUGAAAUGUACGACCUGACCUGAAUGCAGCGUUCCAGCCUGGACCUGUGAGACAAACUAGAUACAAGAGGAGGUCACACGACCAGACUUCAUGAGUUUACACCUGAAUGCAGCAUUAGAUCAGCUCACAAAGGAUUGUGGGAUACUGAGUUGUUAAACAGAGCAGCUGACCUUUGACGUCAUGGUGUGUUAAAUAAGCCAGCUGUCAAAGUGAAUUAAUCAAACUCACCUGUGACAGUUCAUCAUCUGUUCUUCAGCAUCUGAGGCAGCCAUGAAGAAAGCUGAGGGAAGGUGCUGAGGGAAGGUGCUGAGCUGCUUCCUCUCUCAUCUCCUCAGUACUCAGUCACUGGAGGUGUCAGGACAGGAAGUGAUGCUGUCCCAUCAGUGCUCUGUGAACAUAACAUUACAUUUUGAAGGUGAACUUGCAGCUGUGAUUAUUGUUGAUUGUUUUAACUUCUGCUGAUUUAAUAAGAAAAUAAACAAGUUUUCAAAGUGUCAAA